AUUUAAUGUGACAGGACAGCGGAACAAUUUUGCUUUGAGAUACUUAACCGAAUCAAGUAUAUCAAGACAGUGGACCACCAUCAGAAGAUCAACUUACACAUCGAUUGCAACAGUUAACUGUGCUCUGUGCCAGAUAUGUUUUGGCCAACUGCCUGUCUGCACUGAAACAAGGGUUCAAAAGUCCUCAGCUGACUAAGGUCUAGACACCAUUGGCAGUCCAGAUAGACAGUGUUGCUAACUGCUCCUCUCUGAAGUACAAUCUACAAAAGUGUGUUGUUUCCACAUUUUAAACCAUGCAGAAAGCUUCUGAUGAUGCCAUAACCUACAUCGUGUUUCAUUAUCAACCAUCCUUCAUCAAUGUCUGAGGAGGUCAACAGUCCCCUGUCGAUGAUGCAACAGCACUGAACCCGUCUAUGUUCACCAUGUCUGAGUAUCUCGAGGGAGACAGCCCUCUACUGCAACUGCAGGAAGUGGACUCCAGUAGGGUGGGAGCUCAUGUCCUCACCCCCUUUUUUAACUCUACCUCUCCAGCCCUGCCUGUGGAGAGUCACCCCAUUUGUAUCCCCUCACCCUACACGGACAUUGGCCAUGACUUCACCACUCUGUCUUUCUAUAGUCCCACUCUACUGGGCUAUGGCGCACCCCCACCUUCAGACUGCCCUUCAGUACGCCAGUCACUAAGCCCCCCCAUUUUUUGGCCACCUCAUAGCCAUGUUUCCUCACUUGCAUUGCAACAGAGUCGCCUCCAACAAAACCAUACAACCAAUGGAACAUGGACUGAACUUACACCACAUGAUCAAGCCAAUGAGAAAAACAGCAAACCCCUGUUAAAGAGGGUAGCAGAUGUUGAGGAGACUUCUACCUCAUUGAGAGGUAAAGCUGACAUGCACUACUGUGCUGUCUGUAGCGAUUAUGCAUCUGGGUAUCAUUAUGGAGUGUGGUCGUGUGAGGGCUGUAAAGCCUUCUUCAAGAGGAGUAUCCAAGGACACAAUGAUUACAUCUGCCCUGCAACCAACCAGUGCACAAUUGACAAGAACCGACGCAAAAGCUGCCAGGCCUGCAGACUAAGGAAGUGUUAUGAAGUUGGAAUGAUGAAAUGUGGAUUACGGAGAGAUCGUGGCAACUACCAACAAAGAGGAGCACAGCAGAAGCGUCUCGCCCGAUUCUCUGGAAGAGCUAGAGCGGGUGGUCAGAGACCUCCAGAGGUUAAAAGUGUCCCACGUCCCCUCAAUGGAAACGAGGUUGUUACCGUGACAUUAAGCCCAGAGGAACUAAUAGCUCGCAUCAUAGAUGCAGAGCCACCAGAGAUUUACCUCAUGAAAGAUAUGAAGAAGCCAUUCACUGAGGCCAACGUCAUGAUGUCACUGACUAACUUGGCCGACAAAGAACUCGUUCACAUGAUAAGCUGGGCCAAGAAGAUCCCAGGUUUUUUAGAGCUCAGCCUUUUCGACCAGGUCCAUUUGUUAGAGUGCUGCUGGUUAGAGGUUCUGAUGCUGGGACUAAUGUGGAGGUCUGUUAAUCACCCUGGCAAGCUCAUUUUCUCACCAGACCUCAGUCUCAGCAGGGACGAGGGCAGCUGUGUGCAGGGCUUUGUGGAGAUCUAUGAUAUGCUGCUGGCAGCCACAUCCAGAUUCAGAGAACUGAAAUUACAGAGAGAGGAGUACGUGUGUCUCAAAGCUAUGAUUCUCCUCAACUCCAGUAAGGACAUGUGUUUGAGUUCGUCAGAGGGAGGAGAGGAGCUGCAGAGCAGAUCUAAACUCCUGUGUCUGCUGGAUUCGGUGACAGAUGCUCUAGUGUGGGCCAUCUCGAAGACAGGCAUGAGUUUCCAGCAGCGCUCCACAAGACUGGCCCACCUACUCAUGCUGCUCUCCCACAUCAGGCAUGUCAGUAACAAAGGCAUGGACCACCUCCACUGCAUGAAGAUUAAGAAAAUUGUUCCUUUGUAUGAUCUGCUUCUGGAGAUGCUGGAUGCCCAUAUCAUGCACAGCUCACGGCUGUCUAACUCCGGCCCUCGAGGGGCACCAGUUCCUAAAGAAAACAAGGGGCCCCAGGAGGUCUACGUCUGCUCCUCUCAGCACAGAGGGACCCUAGCCAAUCAGUGUUGAAGAAUGAUCUGUUGUUUCGGGAGGAUGGUCAACAAAAAUGGCACAUAAAAAGAGAGGAAUAGGAUUAUUCCAGAUGAAAAACACAGCUGAUGUCUUGAGUUUCUUUCCUACAAUUAAAC